AUGGUAGAAUUCUUGAUUCAUGACGAAAGCAGAAGUGCAAGGCAGCAGCUCCAGGAGCUUACUUUUGACAAACUGGAGAUGCAGCUUAACACAGUAAAUAUUACUGGUUUUUCUUCUGGUGUGUGUAUUUGUGGGAAAUGCUGUUUUAGAGAAGAAAAUGUGCUGUAUAUAAACACCUUUCUAUCUUCAUUCUCAGGGUUUGCUUCUGUGCCAGUGAAAGGGAGUUGCUGUUCGUAUUCUAGCCUGGCAUGUGCUUUCCAGACACGGUGUUCCAUCUCUGCCCCCUGGAAUGUGACAGUCGAGCAAUGCAGACAGAGCAGUUUCUUCAAUACAUUGACAGCUGAUGAGCUGUGGAAAGGAGCUUUGGCAGAGACUGGUGUGGGAGUAAAGAAAGGAAGAGGAAAGAGAAGGAAGAAAAAGCUAAGGAAGAAUCUCAAUAGAGGCCAGGAGAUUGGUGAAGGACGUUCUGGUUUCCUCUGGCCUGGUCUUAAUGCUCCUGUGGUACAAAGUGGUAGAGUCCAGGCAGUUACUCAACGAAAAAAAGAAGAACGAGAGAGAAUUCAGUCUGAAAUUGUUCAACAGAGAGAUACGUGGGAGAAGAAAAGAAAAAUAAAAGUUAAGAGAGAGGGAGGAUGGAGUGGAAAGUGUUGGGGAGGUGUUAUUCUGGAUCCUCCUGACCCAGGUCCUAAUGGAGAAACGUACGAAGAUUUUGAAACAAGAGUCAUUGAGGUGAAAAACGUGUUUUGUAUGAAGGCAAAGGAAGGCAGAAAAAAAUCAAUACGUGCCUUAGUGGCUAUUGGAAAUGGUAAAGGGGCUGCAGGUUUUGCAAUGGGAAAAGCAGGUGACAGGAUGAAUGCUUUACGGAAAGCAAAGAAUAAAGCAAUACGCUGCUUACAUUUUAUAGAGCUGUAUCAGAACCACACAAUUUACCAUGACAUUACAGUGAAAUUUAAGAGGACAAACAUCCGCAUGAAGAAGCAAAACAAAGGGUAUGGUCUUCAUUGCCACCGAGCUAUCAUCACCAUCUGCAAGCUAAUUGGCAUUAAAGACAUGUACGCCAAGGUUUCUGGAUCCAAAAACUUGAUUAACAUUACCAGAGCUCUCUUUAAAGGCUUGACACAACAGGAGACUCACCAACAGUUAGCAAACCAGAAGAGCCUCUGUGUAGUGGAGUUCCGGGAGGAGCAGGGCCCUCUGCCCAUCGUUGUGGCACUGCCUGAGGGGACUGUCCGUGAGGAUCCUGAGCCUGAAGAUGAUGUUCCAGACACAAAGCUGGAAUGGAGUGAGGUGAAAGAAGCUCAGGGAAUGAAGAAAUCGCCCUGGGUGAAUGUCAGACGGACAGUAUGGUGAAAGCUUCAGUCCCUUUGUCUCCUCUUCUCAGAGAUGCAACUGGGAAAGCCCAGCCCAAAUGGACAGGUUUGUCUAGGCUUACAUUUCAGAGGAGGGCACCAGUAGCUCUCUCAUGCCAUUCAUAUUGCUGCUUUCAUUGCUACCAUGCAGUAACACUGUUUGCUUUCCCACAAUCCUUCUGACCACUGUUUGACUAGGGACGUUCAGAUGGAGACAGCCAGUGAACAUGACUUGACUUCAAGCAUGUAUCAACUUGAUUCUUGAAGAUGAUGUUUAAUCAACAGACCCCAUGUUUCUUUCAUAAGCUCUUGGGAAACUACUGAAAAGAUAAGAUUGUGAAAGCAAUAAAAAAUCCUCAGAAUGAGUUCA